AUGCAGACCAGCGGCGGGGGGAACUACCUGUUCUCGCUGCAGCCGACGUUCACGCAGGGCCUCGUCCUCGGCCAGCUGUCCAUCCUCUUCCUGCUCUCGCUCAUCCUCAAGUACCUCUUCCUCGACGCCGCGCGGCCGCCGUCGCAUCUCGGGGCCCAGAAGCCGCUGUCACUGCCCGUGCCGGUGGCGCGAACGACUGGGAGGGCCGGGACGAAGGGUGGGGAGGAUGGAGGUGGGUACGAGGAUGGCAAUGGGUUUGUGGGAGUGGGAGCGAGUUCUGGCACGGGUGCACCGGAGUCGGCGGAGUGGAUGAACGCGGUGCUGCAGCAGGUCGCGGACGCGUAUAGGGCAAAGCUGCGCGGGGACCUCGGGGGCGCGGCAGGUGACGAGGCGGCACGCGCGCGCGUCGAGGUGUUCGCGAACCGCGUGCGGCCGGUGGGCUUUCUGGACGAGAUCCGGAUACACGCCGUCGACGUGGGCGUGUCGGCGCCGCGGCUGGCGAACGCGCGGCUGGUGCGCGCGCGGCCGUCGGAUGGGGCGGAGGUCGAGUUCGACAUGACGUACACGGACACGAUUUCUGUGUCGCUCUCCACCGCGUAUCUCUUCAACUACCCUCUUCCCUCCUUCGCGCGCCUCCCGGUCUCCGUCACCAUCUCGCUCUCUCUUUUCUCAUCCUCCAUCGUGGUGACGCCGCCCUCGGCGACCGCUCCCGCGCCGACGCUCGCCGUCCGCAUCCCGCCGUCGUUCCGCCUCGAGCUCAAGACGACGUCGCUCAUGGGCAGCCGCGCGAAGCUCGCCGACGUGCCAAAGCUGCACGAGCUCAUCGAGCACCAGCUCCGGCGCCAGCUCGCGCAGCGUGGCUCGUGGAAGAUUGUGCUGCCCGGCCUCACGAGCGUCGCGGACGUGCAGGCCGAGAUGAAGACCGAGGGCGCGUUGCCGUGA